AAAACAGGAAUCAUAUGAGGCGAUCACAGUGCAGGAUGUAUGUGAGAGACUACGAUGCCGUUGCUGACCUUCCUUGGUCGUCUGACCUCGCUUUGACCCCUGAGGAAGCAGCGGGUUUGGAAACGACUUCGUGCAGCCAGUGGGAGUAUGACACCUCAAUAUUUCACUCGACGGUCGCAAGCGAGUGGGAUCUGGUGUGCGACCGGGCAUACCUCAGCCCCUUGUUCCAGAGUUUCUACUACUUCGGCUGCGCCUUCGGGGACCCUGUGCUCGGAUUUCUCUCGGACAAGUACGGCCGCAAAACUGUGGUGUUCGCAGUGGCUCUGAUAUUCACCUCGAUGGCUCUGACUUCGGCACUAGCACACACUUACCCUGUGGUGCUCGUAGCAUGGUUUGUUAUGGGCAUAAUACAUCCUAUUUGUGGUGUUGUCUAUGUCAAAGUGGUAGAGGCUUGUCCAACUAAACAUCGUACUGUAGUUGGUAUAUUGACGACGUCCCCGUUUGCCCUUGGCGGGAUGGCCUUCAGCGGAUGGGCGUACCUCGUCCGGGACUGGCGCACCCUCCAACUGGUGUGCAUGGCGCCCGCGGUCCUGCUUCUGGCUCAUCUGCCUUUCAGCGACGAGUCCCCACGAUGGCUGGCGGUGAAGGGCAGGGUUGAUGAGGCGGAGCGGGUUUUCGCCAAAGCGGCGCGGUGGCACGGCGUUACCCUGCCUGCCCAAUUGCCCGAAAUCCUUCAGAAGUGCAAGGAUCAGGCGGUGAUAGCCGAGAAGGCAGCGAGCCCCGAGAAGAGUGGCGCAGGCAAGUGCGGGCCGUUUCGGAAGUGGAUAAACGACGUCGCCGUGCUGGUGUCAAGUCCCGCCCUUAGAAGGAUUACGCUGGUUAUGUUCGGUAACUUCUUCUUCACCGGCUUCACCUACUGGGGCAUCAGCCUCGCCGGAAACACCUUCAGCCAGGACCCGUUCCUGUACAUGCUGUUCAGCAGCGCGCUGGAGGUCCCUGCCUACACUAUCUUUGCCCCAAUCGUCAUGCUGUUCGGUCGGCGCCGUGUCCUCGCCGCUAACUUUGCUGUGUGUGCUGCAGCCAUUCUAGCCAUCCUUAUUACUCCCGGCAGCUGGACUUGGGUCAUCUUUUCUCUUGCGCUGGUUGGAAAGUUCUUCAUCACUGGAAGCUAUAACUUACUCUACCUAGUGAGUUCGGAAGUGUUCCCUACGUGUGUUAGAUCAAGAGGCCUGAACCUCUCCUCGACCAUGGCGCGUCUCAGUUCUAUUCUUUCACCUUUCAUCAUUCAAAUCAUGGGCCAGUCGUAUUGGUGGGCGCCAUCGGUGUUCUUUGGCAGCAGCGCCGCCAUCGGCGGACUCCUGUCAUUGCUGCUGCCCGAGACCAGCAACCAACCGCUGCCGGACAAUAUUGAGGAGCUUCAAGCGCUUUACAGUAAAGACCAAAUAUCGUCAGACAAGAUUCUCUCCAGGGAGCACGAAGCACUUCCUUUGAAUAAUGCAGACAACGCCGCAACCUCAACUGUUUAAUGCUGUCAUUCCGCUUCCGCUCCGUUGUUCUCUCUUCCAUAUAGGUUUACUUCAACUGUCAGUUAUUUUUAACUAUGUCCUCGUUAAUACCAAGCGUAUAGUUUCAUAAUAACAAUUUCUGCAAAAGAAGAUAAACACUGAUGGAUCUCGGAGAUGGCAUUGCAUGGUGAAUACUCAGAUUCAGAAAACUGUACCAAUUGUAAGUUGGAACUUUUUCUCUCUUUUUUAAAUCUUCAACUUAUUUUUUUGUAUCUGAAAGCUUGUACAACGAGCUAUAAAACAAUAAAUGAAGAA